AUUUGGGGUAAAUUUAUUACGUGUAUCAAUUUAAGAUUUUUUAUAGUAUUAAUCCAAAUUCAUAUGAUGUGAUAAAAAGAUUGUUUUCUUUUUGCCUCGGUAAUUGUUAUCUCUUGCAUACGUGAUCGCUGCAUGUCACCGUUUCUCUUCCAAACGCCAUCUGUUGCACGUUUUGCAUCCCUUCCUUAAGGCCACCUCAAGGCUUCGCCGAGUGCCCCAAAAGAUAAAUAGCAAAAAUGAACGAACGAACUGCUGAUAAAUUAUCCCCCGGUCCUCCUCGAGUCCCUCAGAUCCACGGCCUGCAUUCACCUCCGCAAUGAGCCAAGAACAGCCGCGCAGGAGGGCUCAAGAGCCCGUGAAAUACGGCGACGUGUUCGCCUCCGUCGAGGGCGAGCUCGCCGGCAAGCCGGUGGCGCCCAACGACGCCGCUCUGAUGCAGACGGCGGAGAACCUGAUGCUUGGCCAGGUCCAGAAGGGCGCGGCCGCAUCGGUGAUGCAGUCGGCGGCCACGCAGAACGAGGAUGCCGGCGUGGUCGGGCACGAUAGCAUGAACGAGAUAGUGGCGGAGCAGGGAGUGAACGUGGCCGCCUUCGGAGGCGGCCACGUGAUCACCGAGUCCAUUGGGGGACAGGUCCUAGGACAAUACUCGCAGCGGGCUCCUCUGGUGUCUGGUCCCGUCGUGCCUGAAAACAAAAACAAACCGAGCGGUGAUGAUGAUGGCAUUGGCGGCGGCCCAAUCACGAUUGGAGAAGCUCUGGAAGCCACCGCCCUAACAAUCGGAGACAAGCCGGUGGAGCGGAGUGAUGCAGCUGCUAUACAAGCUGCAGAAGUGAGAGCGACGGGCCGCACCACCAUAGCUCCCGGGGGAGUAGCAGCCGCCGCUCAGUCGGCUGCGACUCUCAAUGCCAGGACGACCCGGCCCGAGGAGAAGACAAAAAUGGCUGAUGUUUUAUGGGGCGCUUCGUCGAAGCUGCCUUCGGAUAAGCCGGUGACGCGUGCAGAUGUGGAAGGAGUCACGGUUGCUGAGAUAAGGAACGACCCAUUCCUGACCACGCAUCCCGCGGGGGUUUCAGCAACAGUGGCGGCAGCAGCCCGGCUCAAUUUCAGCAACAAGGACCGGAAUGAGAAAGAUAAAGUCCCUGACAUAUAGUUCAUGAAUCUCCUAUCCGAUAUACAGGUUAAGGUCUACUAGUAUGAAUCCCUGACAUAUGGAUGUCCAAAAUGUAAAAGAGAACAGCUCUGUUCUUUCCUAAAACUGCCUGAAACUGGCAGACUAUGUACCUUGUUUCCUUCAGUAUCAGAACCGGUUCACACGGUCCGGUUAAAGCAUAAUCUCUCUUUUCGAAAACAUGUGGUGCACUGUUCAAUCCAUGGAUCAAUG